AUCACCCAAUCAUUAUUAACCGGCCACCGCUCCACCGCCCUUGUAUUCCUCCCGGAGAUCCCCCGUCCGUUUCCUUUUACCCUUUCCUAAACCCGUUGAAAUUUAGGAGGUUCCGUUCUUCUUCCUCUUCUUCUUCUCUCCUCCUCCUCCUCAUCCUUUCCCUAUCUCUGAUUUCGGAAUCAGGGUUUAGGUAGAGAGAUCCUCCGUCCGUCUUAAUGUUUCAACUAAUAAGGUUGAAUUUUGAUCGUUUUUUUCCACCGGGAAGGAUCCCUUCUUCUUCUCCUGGAUUAGUCAAAUUCAGUCUUCCUUGGACGGAGUUGAAUUAGUGGUUUUGUUGUUCUUCCAUCGGCGGAGCUCGGUUUUGGUGGAUUCCCUUGUUGUAUCCGUAAAUAGCUGCUAAAUUGAGCUCCGUUGUUGUACUUUCUACGAAAUAGAUAAUUUAUACAGGAAAUCCGAGCCGGAAUGAAGCACCAGAGGAAGAAUAAGAUGCGAUCGAAGGAUCCUAAAGAAUGCGGAGCUAUCAAGUCUGGAGAUGCUCCAUCGGAUGGAGAGAUUGUUUGGAGGAGAUUGUUGGAGCCCUUUGCUUCUGUUUCUUUAGAAGAAGCGGAAUUGGCUUACAAGGAAGCUAAUGGUGACCUGAAUAGGGCUGCCGAGAUUCUUCAAAAUUUGGAGGAGAGUGUGGAGGAUCAGAGCACGAGUUCCUCCAUUGCAAGCUGGUAUGCGAGCUCGAGUUCGAGUUCAUCAGACAUGUCUGGAGAGGACCAUUGUGCUCAAUAUGAGGCUAUGCAGAAGAGUAAGGCGAAGAGAGUUGUUGCUUCUGCUGGGACGGUGUCGACCGUGUUGGGGAAGGACUAUGUGAGCUCUCUUCCAAAGAAGAGUUCGUCUGGAAAGAAUCCGUUUAAUUGUGAAAGUUACAGCAAGGAAGAUUCUGAGCAGUUUUUGUGCUCAAUGUUAGGAGAGGAGUGCCAGUUGAGCUUAGCUGUGGUUAGAGAUGUGCUCUGUCAGUGUGGAUAUGAUUUUAACAAGGCUCUUAACAUUUUGCUUGAAUUAUCAUCAUCAUCAGCGGAGAAAGCUGACAACAGAGAAGAGCCUAUGUUGUGUCCUGAAUCAAAUGACAAAACUGGAAUUUCCUUUGAACUUAUGUCCUCCCUCAAUUUGAUGUUUGGGACCAUCUCUCUAUUUAUCGCCCAUCAUAGUGAUAAUGGAGUCAUCUUAUUGUGAUUCUAUUUAUGCAGUUCACUGGUGGAACGUUUGAUUCUUCAUACUCAUCUGCAUGUGGUUUGCAAGAAAAAAUGUUAUAUGCUGAGAAUCCUUGCAGGAAUCAGAUUAGUUUUUUGCAUGACAACGAGCAUUCUUCACCACCACGAGGAAAUUCGGCAUCACAGCUCUCAAAGGAAGUUUUAGAGUCAUUGUUUAAUAUGUCAUCCCCUAAGAUUGUUGAACACGAACCGGGUGCUUUAAAAUGGAAAGAUGUUGUGACAAAAAUGACAUCCUUGAGACUGAACUCCGAGCCAUAUCCUGCUAGCAGUGUUGCAGGCCUUAAUAACACUGCUAAAGGAGAGGACUACCAGGUCUUCAGAGAAGUUUCAACACAUCACUGGCAAUCAAUGAAAUCAUACUAUCAAAAGGCAGCAUCAGCUUUUACUAGUGGUCAACGACAAUAUGCUGCUUAUCUUGCUGAACAGGGCAGGGCUCAAAACAGAAAGGCUUUGGAGGCCGAGGAAAAGGCUAGCCAGAAUAUAUUUGAAGCCAGGUGAAUUUUAAAUUUGUUUUUAUUUUCUCUGCGAAGUCUAAGUGAACUUUUUUAAUUGUUUACAGAAAUAAAAGCAUAGAAAAUGUGAUUACAAUUGACAUGCAUGGGCAGCAUGUAAAACAAGCAAUGAGGCUCUUGAAACUUCACCUUCUGUUUGGUGCAUUUGGAUGCUCUGUUCGGCAAUUCAGGGUAAUCACUGGAAGUGGGAGCCAAGGCCUUGGGAAGUCUAAGCUCAAACUCGCGGUGACAAAUCUAUUAGAGAGGGAAGGAGUUGAGUGGAGGGAGGAGAACAGCGGAACAUUGCUAAUCAAGCUUCACGGGCAAACAAGUUUCAGCUUCUUGGAUACUCCCGAUAGUGAUGACGAAUGAAUGUGAGUGUAAGAAUAUUCUUUCUUUUAACUUAUAGAGGGGUUGCUAGAACACAUUGAUAGCUUAACACCCUGUUUGUUGGCCAACAACAAGCCUUUCCAUUUACUCCCUGUAAUUGUGAAUGAAUGAGUGAAUCUAGUUGUGUGAUGCUUGCUGCUCACAUCUCCUUGUUUUAUGUGACUAAUAUGUGACUGAGUUCAACGAUUGAUGAAAUUCUGGAAUUCUUAUGUAAGUGUGACCUCCAUUCUCAUGUGAAAACUGUGCUACUAUGUUUAUAGUGUCUUUGUGAGCCAAGAGUCUUUUGGAAACAAUU